UUUCAGUCUUAAUUGAAGACUGUGGCUGUGCUCCCGCUCUGCUUAAACAGUCAGGAGAUUCUCCCCGCAGACUAGACGCCUCCUUGCUGGAUGUGAUCCUCAGACACUCCUCCUGACACACACUCGACAGUGCAACUUCGGCUGGAGGAAGACCAUCGUCAUCGUCAUUCCCAUCACCACCGCACUUUGAUUUUUUUUUAACUAAGAGACUCACGAAGAAAAACGAUGGCUGUCACGGGCUGCUCACAAUGCAUCAAAUACAUGCUCUUCUUCUUCAAUUUUGUUUUCUGGCUGGCUGGAGGAGUGAUUCUGGGUGUGGCUCUGUGGCUUCGCCAUGACAAUCAGACGAGUACUCUUCUAAUGAUCCAGUUUGAGGACCAACAGGCACCAAGCACAUUCUACAUCAGUGUCUACAUCCUGAUCGCUGUUGGAGUCCUGAUGAUGUUCGUUGGCUUCCUUGGUUGCUAUGGUGCUAUUCAGGAGUCCCAGUGCCUUCUAGGAACCUUUUUCACCUGUCUGGUCAUUCUGUUCGCCUGUGAGGUGGCUGCCGGCAUGUGGGGAUUCAUGAACCGAGAGACGAUCUCUAAGGAACUCAUUAACUUUUAUGACUCCGCCUACGUCAAAGGGGUGGACCCAGUGGACUCCCCGACCAAGCAGGCUGCAGUGAAGGUGAUGCAGCUCUUCCACAGUACGUUGGACUGCUGCGGGAAAGGGGAUGAUGCUGCUCUGUUCACCCGUACGGUGUUCUGCCCUGAUGCCCAACCUCUGGAUCCACUAAUCUCUACAAACUGCCACUUGAAGCUAAAAGACCUGUUCACUGAGAAGCAGUAUGUCAUUGGCCUGGCUGCCCUGGUGAUUGCCGUCAUCAUGAUCUUUGAGAUGAUUUUCACCAUGGUGCUUUGCUGUGCCAUCCGCAACACGCCUGCCUACUGAAGGAAAACAGGCCUGGAACACAGCCAAUAGCACACAACCAGGCCUGGAACACAGCCAAUAGCACACAACCAGGCCUGGAACACAGCCAAUAGCACAUUGUUGUUUGACAGGACACCCAAAGGCCUCAUAUUCAUCAUCAGUCAUGAGUCAGAUUGCCAGAUGGCUACACCCUCCUUAUCCUGUGUUCAUGCCCUCUCUUUCUCAUGGGUGUAGAGACUGUGGUGUACUUAACUGCUUUAUUGCAGGUAGAUAACAGGACUGUCCGCUCUAGGCCCAUUUUUUAUCGUUUUUUUAUGGUUAUCGACAUUUUCAAAGUCAAAGUAGCCCUCUGACAGAGUGGAGGGGAUGGUCGUUUAGCUAUAGGAGUUCAUAGAUUCAUGUCUUUUCUAAUUGUUGACUUGUUUUUUUUUGUUUUUUUUCUCUCUCUAACUGUCUUUGAAGCCACUGCAGAUUGUCAUCUGUCUGAUGUAAGUGCUCUCAGGGGUGUUCACACACAUAUAAAUCAAACACCUUCCUGUGGUUGUACUCUGAUCCUAACAUUAUUGUAAAAAAAAAACUUACCUCUGCCUUAACAUUUACUCAUGUGGCAGCCAAUUAAACAUUUGGCAGCCAUUCAUUUUGAAAUCAGCAACACCACAGUCAAACUGUUUUCAUCCUUCUUAUUUUUAUUUCUUUAACAGUGACAAUAAAAUAUGUUUUUACCAA